AUGGGCCAAGGAGCGUCCAUGCCCGGUGGGGCUGACAAGAAAAAGGGUGAUAAAAAGAAGGAUAAGCCCAAGUACGAGCCGCCCGUGCAAUCCAAGUUUGGCAAGAAGCGUCGGAAGGGACCAGACACUGCCGCGAGACUACCGAACGUUUACCCCACGACAAGAUGCAAGCUGAAGUUGCUGAAGAUGGAGAGGAUCAAGGAUCAUCUGUUAUUGGAGGAGGAAUUCGUGACAAAUCAGGAAACGUUCCAGCCAACAGAAGCCAAACAACUCGAAGAACGCGAGAAAGUGGACGAAAUCAGGGGAACUCCCAUGUCAAUUGGCACACUCGAAGAAAUCAUUGAUGAUGAUCAUGCGAUCGUAUCGUCUUCGUCUGGUCCAGAGUAUUACGUAUCCAUUCUUUCGUUUGUGGACAAGGGGCUACUUGAGCCUGGGUGUUCUGUGCUUCUUCACCACAAGACUGUGUCCAUUGUGGGUGUUUUGCAAGACGAAACCGAUCCAAUGGUGAGUGUUAUGAAGAUGGAUAAGUCCCCAACCGAAAGUUAUGCAGAUGUUGGUGGAUUGGAGUCGCAGAUCCAGGAGAUCAAGGAGGCCGUAGAGCUGCCUUUGACCCAUCCAGAGCUUUACGAGGAGAUGGGAAUCAAACCCCCCAAGGGUGUCAUUCUUUACGGUGCUCCAGGUACUGGAAAGACGCUAUUGGCGAAGGCAGUUGCCAACCAGACGAGCGCCACUUUCCUGAGGAUUGUAGGUUCAGAGCUUAUCCAAAAGUAUUUGGGUGACGGUCCCAGGCUCUGUCGCCAGAUCUUCAAGGUAGCCUCUGAGCAUGCACCUUCCAUUGUUUUCAUUGACGAGAUCGAUGCUAUUGGAACCAAACGGUACGAAUCCACCAGCGGAGGCGAGCGCGAAGUCCAGAGAACCAUGUUGGAAUUGCUCAACCAGUUGGACGGUUUUGACGAUCGUGGUGAUGUCAAGGUCAUCAUGGCCACCAACAAGAUCGAGUCGCUGGAUCCUGCGCUGAUCAGGCCUGGUAGAAUUGACAGAAAGAUUUUGUUCGAGAACCCCGACCCCACUACUAAGAAGAAGAUCUUGAACAUUCACACUAGCAAGAUGAACAUUGCCGCGGAUGUGAACCUUGAUGACCUUAUAAAUGCCAAAGACGAUUUGUCUGGGGCUGAUAUCAAAGCAAUUUGCACGGAAGCCGGGUUAUUGGCUUUGAGAGAAAGAAGAAUGCAAGUGAUUGCGGAGGACUUCAAGAGUGCGAAAGAGCGGGUGUUGAAGAAUAAGAUUGAGGAGAACUUGGAGGGGUUAUAUCUUUAG